AUGGUCUACAAUUCCACGGUCCUGUAUCCUAAUGACGAAGGCGCCACUUUCGACCUCAAGUACUACGUUGACGUACACAUGCCGAUUGUUAUGAAAUAUUGGAGCAAGCAUGGUCUCCGAGGCUAUCAAUUGAUCAACUACGACACAAGCUUCGACGGCAGCAAGCGCUAUAACCUCGGUGCCAUCCUGACGUGGGACAGUAAAGAAAGCAUCAAAAACGCGGUGGCCGACGAGGCAUCCAAGAACGUAUUCCAGGACGUGCCCAAUUUUACCAAUCGUCGGGCGCAUUUCCUGGUUGGUGACUUUGUGGCUAACGAGUCACAUCAGUAA